CCAUUCCUCCUCCUCUCCAGAGGACUCGCCGUCGUCGCCGCCGCCAUUCCCAUUUGCCCACUCCCCUCCCCUUCCCUCCAGUAAACCCUAGCCCACCGAACCUCCAAUCCCCCCUACCAGCGCUCGAUUCGCAGCCCCAAUCGAGCUAGGGUUCGACGAGCCCGCCGAGGCACUCUGUUUCGCUGCGUUUUUCGGUGUUUUUUUUUCCGGGGGAUUUUGAUUUUUUGUCCCCUUCUUCCGCGGUGGGGAUGGGGAGCCGGAGGGAGGAGGAGAGGAACGAGAAGAUCAUCCGCGGGCUCAUGAAGCUGCCGCCGAAUCGCAAGUGCAUCAAUUGUAACAGUGUGGGGCCACAAUAUGUAUGUACCAAUUUCUGGACCUUCAUAUGCUUGUCAUGCAGUGGCAUACACCGGGAGUUCACCCACCGUGUCAAGUCAGUCUCAAUGGCUAAAUUCAGCACGCAAGAAGUGCGGGCUCUUGAACAGGGAGGGAACCAGCGAGCACGUGAUAUCUACCUUAAAGAUUGGGACUGGCAACGAAUGAGGUUGCCUGACAAUAGCAAUCCAGAUAGGAUAAGGGAAUUCAUCAGAGCUGUUUAUGUGGACAAGAAGUAUGCUGGUGGGAAUUCCAGUAACAAACCAGUCAACGAUAGUGAGAGUGUAAAGAGCAGCGAAAAUGAUAUGAGAAGACCUAGCUCCUACCAUUCGUAUUCCCAAAGCCCACCUUAUGAUUUUCAAUAUGAAGAUAGACGAUAUGGUAAGCAAGUUGACACACUUGCACGAAGGCCUUCAGACAGGGCACUCUUUGAUGGGAAACUCGGCAGUUUAUUAUACAGUCCAGGUCGUUUGAGAGAUCAGAUGCAUGAAGACCGAUUUGCUAAUGAGAGUUCUGGGUCAAGGUUUUCUGAUUUUUCUGCCUCAAGCACUGGUGACUUCAGAAAUGACGUGCUUUCUCCUAGCUCUCAGGAUACAGGGUACAGCAGUCCUUCUAUCCACCAUUCAAGGAAUGUGUCGUCUGAAAACCCUCCAUCCCAUAGGCAUCCGAAUGCAACUUCACAAACAGAUUUUAAUGGAGUCCGACGAUCACAGAGAACAGGUUCUUCAGGAAGUUUUGGAUCAUUUGAUGGUAGCUCAACAUCUAAUAAAUCUGUUGAUUUAGCUGCCUUACCUGAUGCACCUGCAGAAAAGCCAGUGCAUUCUGCUGUAAAUCGUGAGACUUUCACGUCUCCUGUGGCUCAUUCAGCACAAGUAUAUACCUCACAGAGCAAUAAAAACUCUUCCGUAAGCCAGACUCCUCCCACCAGGGAAUCUGUGCAUCAUGGCAAAGUUCACAUGGUCAGUGUGGCGCCGUUGCCUGUUUCAACACAACCAGUGACUUCCACAAAUCAAAACCUCUUUGAUCAGUCAAUGCAACAUCCUGUCACUUCUGCAGCACCGAUAGAUCUUUUUGCUGGCUUUAACCAACAGACCUCGUCAGCUUCCCAUAAAACAGUUGAUUUAGGCAGCCAUUCUGCUCCUAAAGAAACUCUGCAUGACGUUGUGAUUCAGAAGGCUGUGGCAUCUUCACCACCUGUUCAAGCAGAAGCACUCACUACAUCUCAUCCUGUCCAUCAAGAUCUCUUAAGCCUGUCAACUUUGCAGGAACCAUCAAUUUCCUCUACCCCUCCGGCAAUAGAUUUAUUCGCUGGCUUUGACCAACAACUGCCACCUGUGACUAUUGUUCAGCAAAGUCAGCCAGCAGAACCAUCAAUUUCCUCUACCCCUCCAUCAAUAGAUUUAUUUGCUGGCUUUGACCAACAACUGCUACCUAUCACUAGUGUUCAGCAAAGUCAACCGGCAGUUCCAUUGGUCGCUGAGGAAGGAUGGGCUUUCUUCCUUGAUACACCUCAACAUACUCCCAUUCCAAAUGUGCAAGCUCAGGUGCCUGCUGCAAUAGCUGCACUCCCUCCGAGUGACAAUCUUGCAAAAGGAAUUAAUCAAUCAGCAUUGCCAACUGUGCCACCAAAUGCUUUGAUGCCACAAAGUUGCCCACUUGUGAUGGAUCAGUGGAGUUUAAAUGCUCAAGAGGUGAAGGCCCCUGUCUCCAAAGAAUCCUCACAGUCUUGGAAUGCCUUUGGUGAACCUAGUGGGAACACAACCAAUGAUUCAUUCACAUUUAACACUAUGUCUCAAGCAGCACCUCAUCAUUUCAAUGUUCCUAGCAUUCCACAUGCUGAAGCCAGAAGUCCAGAGGAUUGGCCUAGCAGCGAACUUGAAAAACCAAUUCCUGGGGAUAUAACCCCUGGUAUUAAUGUCUCUCCUGGUGACAUGGCUGGGCCAUCAUUUCAUGGACCACUUCAACCCCAACUGGACGUCAUGGCAUCUCAGCCUGCAAAAUCAACAAAUCCAUUUGACAUGGCAUUUGAGUCUGAUGUUGAAGCCAGUGGCAUGUUCAUGGAUCUGACCUCGCUACAAGCAGCAUUGCCAAAUCCUCAUGUUAACUCUGAUUAUUCCAACUUGACCGAGCCAUGGAUUCCUCAUAAUUCUAGCAUGCCUUAUAUUUCCUCUGGGCAACAGGGUAUCUUAUCCUUUAUAUUACAAAUGAUCCUUAUGCAAAAGAACACAAGAGGGUUAUCAUACAUGGCAAAACAAGUACCAGAUUCCCUUAUGCUGUCUUUCCUGUAUAUGAAAAAGGAGUGUUCAGAAUACCAAACAGCGGUUCAACUUACACGUUGUAUUCCAAUUUCUGUUUCUCUGCAACAGGUAAACUACACUAAGAUCGAGCCAGAUGGCAUGCCUCAUUUUGCCUCUGAAAAUGGUGAGAGGAGAAACAUGACAGGUCAGAAAGCCCGAUUCAACUCUGGAAGAGAUUGUAGGGACGGAAGGCAAUUUGGCCCAUCUGGUGGAAGGGGGAGGGGAAGGUCUUUCAAUCAAGGUCGUGGAAGAGGAAACAACAACUGGAGAGAUGUAAAACCCAAGUUCAGAAGCAGUGACAGUCCAAGUCCAGCAUCAGGACAACGUCGCAAUGACAGUCCAGCAUCUGGAGGACAGCGGAAGCGACCUCCUAUAAUUUAUGAUGCAAAUGAGGUUAAACAGUGGCUAGAAGCACGCAAGAAGAACUAUCCUUCAAGUGUUAAUAUAAAUAAGAAGUUGUGCAAGAGUCAACCACAUGGUGAGAAGAAGGAAGAAGAGGCCCUAAUGCGUCGUCAGGAACUCAAGGAAGUAUUAGCAAAACAGAAAGAAUUGGGUUUUGAACUCCCUGAACUACCACCUGGCUAUUUAUCUGAAAAUGAGGACCAAGGCAAUGGAAGGAAAAGUAACUGGAAAAAUCAAAGCAGGGAUCGUCGUUUUGGAAACCAUGCCAAUAACAAAAGAUCAAGGUAUGACCGCAAAGAUUUUCAGUCUAAAAGACCCAAGGUAUGGAAUCAAACUCGUUGUGAUGAUGGGGCAAUGGUCAAGAGCAGGGAGCCAUCCCUCUUACAGAAGCUUCUUAGUCCAGAUGUCAAGAGGGACAGACAUAGGCUUCUUCACACAUUCAAAUUCAUGAUCCUUAACAAUUUCUUCAGUGAUUAUCCUGACAAGCCCUUGGAGUUUCCCAGUGUUAAAGUAAACCAGAACGAACUCGAAAGUAAUGUUGCUGCAGAAGAACUAGACGAUUUGAUGAACAAUGGGACUGCAGAGGGCAGCAAUCUUGAUUUAGAGGAAAAUGAUGACCAGAAAGAGUCGAGCUCAGUUGAUGGAGAAUCAAGUCUCGAUGACAACAACGACGAAGAGGGUGAUGAUGGCAAUGCCAGUGCGGAGAGCAGCGACAAGGAUGAGAACGAGGACGACGAUGCUGGUGGGAUGUGAUAAACACCAUUCUGCAAGUGUCUCGGGGCCUCUACACCCAAAGGGCCAAAGGUGUACAAAACCAAAAUGUAAUGCACCUGAAGUCACAGGCGCAAGAAUCCAACAGGCCAACUGUGUUUUUCAUGUAUAGUUGGCGUCCACGCAUGGUGUAUUGGUAUUCCUGUAGCUGCCUUGGAAAUUUUGUGAGUUGCAUUUGAUAUGAGUUCGCUAUUUGGGGGAAAGCACAUGUGCUCGGAAAAAAAUUGUCUGGAGCAGAGCCCCAACCCUCACCACGUGAGACACCAUCAUGGAUGUGCAGCAUCUAUAUUUUCACCGAUCUUGAUGCACAUAAAGAAGA